UUACGUCGAGCCUUUUAUUACCAGAAAUCACUAAAUAUUUUAGGUAGAUUCUAGUUGUUUUUUGUAAUAAUACAAGUUUGCAAGUAGUCACCACUCUCACCCCUUGUCAUCUUGAAGUAUAAUUAAUUUAAAAUAUUACUGUUUUUUUUUCUGCAGGUGCCUUAAAGUGCAUUUCCACAAUUCACAAUUUCAGACAGUAGCAUACACAUUAACGUAUUGGUAUUACGUAUGAAAAACUCCAAUUUUGCCCAACUGGAACUUGAAGUAGAAUUUCGUAAUCGACAUUGUUUGUCGACUUGUUUUUUCUCUGUUAAAUAAUGAGUAUAAAUUAUAAAGGAUUAGCGUUGCACAAUUCAGCUUGCAACGAAGUAUUCCACCUUUUUCAAGAUUGUGAAAAUAAUUAUCCAGCACGCAGAUUUCUUGGCAAGUGUUCUGAAUUUCAUAAGAAUCUUCAGGCCUGCAUUAAAAAACAGAGAGAAAUUCAACGUCAAACCAACCUCGAAAUAUCAAAAAAAAGACAACAACAAGUCAAAAAAUCUGUACAAGAUAACAUUGGCAUAUUAUCAUAAGUUAAAAAAAUAAAUUACAGCUCAAAAAACAAAAAUGACAAAUAUGUUACAUAAAAAUAUUGAAGAACAGAAGAAUGAAGAUCUUAAAAUUACAGGUGAUGAAUUUAAAUUUCCUGAAGAUAAUGACAUAACAGAUAUGCUAGAAAAUAUCUGUAUGAAAAAAGGAUUAAGUACUGUUGCUGAUCGUUAUUUUACACCGUAUUAUCGAGUUAAUUAUCAAAAAUUAAAUGAUGAUAUUUGUAUUAGAAUUCACAGCAAUCGAAUAUGCAUGAUUUCUCUAGCUCCAAGUCAUCCACUGUUUGAUAAAAAUUGUCUUAUUGAAAAAAUAAGCUUUAAAGUAACAGAUAAAGUUGACAGAGCUGAAAAUAAAAUUUCAGGAAAAGGCAAACGUGGUGCUCAAGCUCUUCAAGAUAAUUCAAACAUUUGUAUAAUAACAUGUAGCAAUGGAGAUACUUGGCCAAUUAAAUGUGGUAUAAAUGGAAAAUUAAUUGAAGUUAAUGAAGCACUUUUAAGUGAUCCAAAUUUAAUUAAAAAACAUCCUCAUGAAGGUGGUUAUUUUGCAAUUAUUUUACCUAAUAUUAAAUUGUAUGAGAGUCUUAAAAAUUCAUUGAUGACUGAUGAACAAUAUCAAGCAAUUCUAAGUGAUCAUGAAGCCAAAAAAAAACUCAUUGAUGAUGAAUCACAUAUGCAAUUAAAACGAUCACUUGAAGUCUGUAAUGUUUCAAGAGAAAACAAGUGGGGGGAACAUCUGCACGUGCGCAGAAGCUGAAAAAACAUGUGAUAUAUUUUUACCCAACCCUGCUUGAGUUCUGGUAACCUCAAGCAACCGCAAGUCUUUUGUUUAUUUUCGUU